AACAAAGGACUUGUGACAGCAUGUUGAUAUUUUGUGAAUGUAUUCCCAUGAUUAUUGUUAUAUGAUAUAAAGCAUGAGGACUCUGCUGAGGCUGAAGCGGGUAAUGCCAGAAGUGCGGUGGACCAUGUGGCAAAACAGAUCUUGCUCAAACUCUUCCAUCCGGAGCCUGGAGUCAAACUCAUCCAUCCAUAAACAUCUUAUCUCCAAAAUUACUGCCACGGGUCCAAUUUCAGUAGCUGAGUACAUGAGGGAGGCACUCACCAAUCCAGUGGCGGGAUAUUACGUGCAAAAUGACAUGCUUGGAGCAGGUGGUGAUUUUAUUACGUCGCCAGAGAUCAGUCAAAUUUUCGGAGAGCUGUUGGGUGUCUGGUGUGUCAGUGAGUGGAUGGCGGCUGGGAAAUCCAACACGUUCCAGUUAGUGGAGCUCGGACCAGGUAGAGGCUCUUUGGCCAGUGACAUCCUGAGGGUCUUUAGUCAGUUGAAAACUGUCCUGGGUGAGACAGAUAUCUCUGUUCAUCUUGUGGAGGUCAGCCCAAAGUUGAGCCAAUUUCAGGCUGAAUGUCUAACUGGAGAUAAUACACAGCCCAAUGAUGGUGAUCAGCCUGUUUACCGCAGUGGCACCACACAUACAGGCCUGCCUAUAUACUGGUACCGCAGGAUUGAGGACAUCCCAAGAGGUUUUAGUGUCUUCCUUGCCCAUGAGUUUUUUGACGCUAUACCCAUUCACAAGUUUCAGAGAACAGAGAAAGGUUGGCGGGAGGUGAUGGUUGACAUUGAUGCUGAAAGUCCAGAAAAACUGAGAUUUGUGGUUUCUCACAGUCCUACACUGGCCUCCAGUAUUCUUAUACAGAAAGAUGAAAACAGACAGCAUGUGGAAGUUUGUCCAGAAGGUGGAGUCAUUGUUCAGAAACUGGCCAAUCGGAUUGCAGAGGACGGAGGUGCAGCCUUGAUUGUAGACUAUGGCCAUGAUGGAACAAAAACUGAUACUUUCAGAGGCUUUAAAGGCCAUCAACUCCACAAUGUCUUGGAGGCACCUGGCAUGGCAGACUUGACAGCAGAUGUUGACUUCAGUUACCUGAGAAAAAUGACAGGAAAUGAGGUGACCUGCUUGGGACCCAUCACACAAAGAUCCUUCCUGAAGAACAUGGGCAUUGACUCACGCUUGCAGGUCCUCUUGAGGAACUGUCAUGACCCCUCCACCAGAGCGCAGCUCAUCCACAGCUAUGAUAUGCUGAUUAACCCUGAGAAAAUGGGACACAGGUUUCAGUUCUUCUCUGUGCUUAAUCGAGGUCGGCUGGCUCAGUAUAGAGGAAUGCAGAAGAACACCGCACCAUUGCCAGUGGCUGGCUUUGCUGAGCUGGACAUGCAUUGAAAAGACAGUAAAUGGACAUAAUGUAGCAGCAUCCACAUGUUUAACUAGACAACCAGAUGUAAUCUUGCGCUAAAGAUGUGCAUUGGACUGUGCUGAUUGUCCGGCUUGGGUGAAAUAUAUAUUUUAUUGUUUGAUGGUCUCCACUCUCUUUUUUUCAAUAAAUACAAAAAUUGAAUUGCAUAAAGGUAGUUUUACUUUCCUUAUUGAAACCCACUGUUUUUCGCCUUGUAUUUUAAUUGUGUUAGGAGUAUUUUCUCCGAGACCGGUCUGAUACAGUGGUUCUCAGCUCUAGUCCUGGGAACCCACCACUUUGCAUUUUUGCGUUUCCCUUAUCUGACACACAAUACUCUGUUCAUGGAGCUGAUGAUCUGAAUCAGGCGUGUUAAAUAAGGUCAUAUAAAAUGUGCAAAGCGGUGGGUUCCCAGGACCAGAGUUGAGAACCCCAGUAUUAGACCUCUCUGAGGUCUAGAUACGGUCUGAUAUUUGAAGCAGUUAAUGUUAACUCUUUUACAAGCCCAAAAAGGGAGGCAAAGGCAGGAAAUAGGAAAGAUGUGACGAGAGUGAGAAGAGCUUAUUGAAUACUCCUAGUAUUGUCUUUUUCUUUGCCGUGUCUGACUUGGUUUGACCAGUACUGCAUCCAGGUCCCAACAUCUAGUUGUAGGCCUUCCC